GUCCGCAAGGCGGCGCUGGGCGGAGGCGAGACGGCGCGGGCUGAGGCGAGGCGGCGCGGGGAGAAGAAGAUGGGUGUCGGCUGUGUUCUGUCGAGAAGAAGAUGGAAAAGGGCGGCUGUUUCUGUCGAGAAGAAGAUGAUGAAAAAGGGGAAGUAGGGUUUUUUUUGGGGGGGGGGGGGGUUGUGUUAAAAAAAAGAAAUUUUUUUGCUUCUGGGGGGAUUCGAAAACUGGUAUGUUUUAAUGAAAUCAAGCGUCCAACCAAUAGAAAUCCCGUGUGCAACAUGUUUAAGAAUCAGAUCCAAAGCUAUAAAUUGUUGUUUCUCAUAUUUGGGCCUUGUUGUGCAACUCUGAUUCACAACAAAAAAUAAAAACCCAACUAAACACGUUUUUUUU